GCCGCGCCGCGUCCCGCGCACUGCACCGCCGGCUUACGUCUUGUCAUGAAGCUGCGGCUUGUUUACGUACGGCUACAAACGCAUUAGACAUUUAUCUUAAAUCGGACUGUUAGUGUAGUGAUAAAAAACAGAAAUCUCCCUCGUGUAAAUGUGUGUCGUGUCUUGUUUGUUGUGGCGGUGAGCGAUGGGCGCGACGGGCGAGGGCGCGUGGCGGCGCGAGGGGCCGGCGCUGCUGAGCACGGCGCUGCUGCUGGGCGGCUCGCUGCCGGAGCGCGCGCCGCCGCCGCUCUUCACCAUCGACAGCAUCCUGGCGCCGCGCCCGCCGCCGCCGCUGCCGCCGCUGCAGCUGCACCACUUCACGCACUCGCCCUUCCAUAGGGCUCAUGACUUCUUUGGCGUCAGCGGGGUGGGCGGCUCCGGCGGCGCGGGGGGGUACGCCGGUCUGUACGGCGGCUACGCGGCCGCCGCGCUGGCCGGGCUCGCCGGGCCGCCGCCCAAGCGCAAGCGCCGCCACCGCACCAUCUUCACGGAGGAGCAGCUGGAGCAGCUCGAGAACACCUUCGACAAGACCCACUACCCCGACGUGGUGCUGAGAGAGCAGCUCGCGCUCAGGGUCGACCUCAAGGAGGAGCGGGUUGAGGUGUGGUUCAAGAACCGGCGCGCGAAGUGGCGCAAGCAGAAGCGCGAGGAGCAGGAGCGCCUGCGCAAGCUGCAGGAGGAGCGGGGGGGGUGCCGCGCGCCGCCGCCCCGCGCGCCCGCCUCGCCCCCGCGCUACUCCGACCACUCCGACUCAGACCUGGAGGUCGCCUGA